CCGAUCAAGCGCAUGGAUCCUGGCAAGAUUGACGCGCUCGAAGAAUGCAUUGCGAGGGCAAUUCAGGAACAUCUUGCAGCCGGUACUUUGGACUGGCCGCAGCUUGCUGGCCUUGAUCAUCCGGUACUAAGAGUCGAAGCUUUUCUGGAAGAUGCAGGUCAUAGUGCUGGCUCUACUCAAACCAAGAAAGUAGCAUCGCGGAGCGUGGACCUAGCUGGGCUGAUGACCCCUACUUCUUUACAAUCACGUAGUCCUGUUGCUUUGGCUGAACAUGAAUCUGUCUCUACACGUCAACGCGUGCUCGCGACUGACAAUGUUCUCGAAGAAGCUCCUGUCGGGCUCGAUGACGCAGUGGUUCAGGAUCAAGAUAGCCCUGGAGGCUCACGGCGUAAAGGCACAGGUGGGCUACGCAUCUCACAGUCCCAGGCUUACCAGGAAGAUAUGAGCGAGCAUCAACGCCGAAUGGCCUUGGACAAUCGGACGUUCCCCAAGCGACGCAAGAUCGUCUCCGAAAAGCUUGUGUUUCAACCAUCCACGCUGGACAAGCUGAUCAUCGGAAUUUGGGAGCAAAUUCAUGGGACAUUGAAUCUCGAUCCUCGCGCCAUAUCUGAACAGUUUCAAAUCGCUCCUGCAGUCGAGACAGAUGCUGCUGAAGGUCGUAUCGAAUCCAAUGGGGAUCAGCUGGUAAUCACCACAUCAAUGACCAGCAACACGUUCAGCAACAUGAACGUCUUCUGCCGGAAAGUGACCCAGGCGAGUCGUGUGUCUAGAUCUAUCGAGAUCAUCGUACAGGCACGUUGGACAGAAUUUUUCGACGAACAAGUUCAGCUUCGUAUUGCAGAAACACCACAGGUAUCCCCUACGAAACAUCGAAAGGCGGUGUUUAUGGAGGCGUGUCAAGACUUUGGCUGGUCCGAGAAGGAGCUGCGAAAUAAAAUGGCCAUCUGGAAAGGGUACAAAGAGGUCAAAGACGCGGCUGGAUGGGUCGCGCUCGUCUUCACUGGGAUGGGAAUAUAUCGCUUCUGCAAGUAUCGCGUUGAGUUUGAGCCAGACGCAAUGCGGCGGCUUCAGAACCUGCGGAAGAGACUGGAAGUCGGAGCAGAUACGCUGCACCCGAAUUGGAGAAAAAUCCUGUCGAUUGUUGGAGUGUCAUGUCGAAACGAAUACAAGGGACAUCCGCAUGAUUGGGUUGUUUUCGAGGACGGAAGAGACCCCGUGUCGUUACAGUCGACGUAUCUCGAGCAGGAUGCUUACUUCAAUUUCGAACAAAUUGAAGAAUCCAUCAUUGACGAACGCGUGUGGGGAUGCGAAGAUCCGAGGUGGAUCAUGCAGCCACAAAAUGCAGUCGUGCGAGCUGAGGGGGGUUACAUUUGCGCGGUAUGUUCGUUUCAGCAAUCAGACGAUCCCCGUGUCAACGCGUGCAAUUGUUUCCCCAGACUAUUUGGCUGCCUCAAACGCACUCCGCCGCCAGUUCAGAUCUACCGCACCCACAAUGGGAAGAACAAUGGUCUGCAAGCCCUUGUGCCGUUCGAGCGAGGAGCAGCAAUCGGAGAAUUUGUAGGGCUAGUGACGAAAGGUGUCAGGCAUCUAGACGUCAUGGAUGGAUCUACAGCAACAGCCAACUAUCAGAUAUGGCAAGGGCGACAAGGAAACUUUACACGCUUCAUCAACCACUCAUGCAAAGCGAACUCUCAGCUUUCACACUUUACGUGGCUCGAUACGCAGCGCAUCGUGCUCGUGAGCAAAGGCAUUGAGGCGGGGACAGAGAUUACGGUGGAUUACGGUGAUAGGUACUGGGCUGGGCUAGAUAAAAUCUGUCUCUGUGGGGAGUCUUGCUGUAGAUAUAGGAGAAGGUAG